UCUUGCCAUCCCCCAAUGCAGCUCAGCUGUCAUCGCCUGUCAUUCGUGGAGUCAGUCUAAUAUACUUCAACAAAUUAAAGAAAUCAACAGUCACAAUGCGCCCUUACUGCCUCCUCAUCCUCGCCUUCGUCCUCCUUCCUCUGGUGGCUGCUGAUGUGCACCCACGGGGCGGUUGGCAGCCCAUAAAGAACAUCAGCGACCUUCAUGUGAAAGAGAUCGCAGAGUUUGCGGUGUUGGAGUACAACAAGCAUGCCCAAGGACAGAACAAGUUGGCGUUUGAGAGCGUAGUCCAGGGUGACAGCCAGGUAGUGGCAGGCAUCAACUACCGGCUAGUCAUUUCUGCCAAGAAUGAGUCGGUAGUUGAUCCCGCUGUUGCCACGCCCACCAGUGAUUAUGAGGGCAUUGUGUGGGAGAAGGCUUGGGAGCAUUUUAGGCAGUUGAUUUCAUUUCAUCAAUUGUUAAAACCUAACUAGGUUUCGGAGAAUACGAUCAUUUUCAUAUUUUAAUUGUUGUCUUUAUGCAAUCAUGUACUAUGGACUCUGGAUUGCUUGAAGUUUAUCAUCUUGCACUAUAACAAAGAAAUGGAUGGAAGAUUUUAUCUUUA